AUGCGAAACAAAUUGUAUAUAUCACGUAUCGCUAUUAUAUUAUGUUUUAUCAUCUUAGUAACAUGGUUAUUUAUUUUUCGUUUACCUAUAUGUCAAAAUCAAUCCGCCUUCAAACCUCACUUUCCUCCACGACCAUCUGGCUCACAAGUUGCCUCGAUUGAAUCGUGGCAAAUGCCAGACUGGGUUCAACGAUAUAAUCUCACUCAUUUAUUUGAUUGGACUUGGGACAAAAAUGACGAUUUUGUACGUUGUCGAGUGUCAACUGUUUAUUCACCACAACCAAUAGCAUGUAGAAUACAAUCCACCACAGUUGUCAAUGAUGUUCUCAGUUAUUUUGAUAUUCAUUCAGAUAAAGGAUGCAUCGUGGAUAAUGUUGCUCGUCUUCCAAACUUCACUCCUCAUCCAUUACCACGUGCACGUUCUUUAUCUAAUACAUGCUCAUCACUUAAUAUCGAUCACAAAUGGACCUUAUGUAAACAAUCACAAUCAGAGCUCGAUCAACGACUGCCAGCAACUACAAGAUUUGUAACUAUUGCUGUAUUUAAUGCAUAUAUCGAUACAGGUUAUUGUCAUUCUCAACUACCUGGAACAAUCUUCACUGAACAUGCUACUUUUCAUUUUCAAUCAUGGACGAAUAAUCUAUGUUAUAAUGAUCCUAUUUUUUAUAUUCCACGAGUUCAUCCUGAACAUCAAUAUACUGAACUCAUUGAUUCUAUUGGAGUUUAUCUUCAGGCACCAGGACAUUUUGUACCUGAACAACUACCACGACUACUUCGUCUAUUAGCUACUGCACCCAAAACAGCUAAAGUUCUUGUUGCAAAAGGUGGCAUCGCUGAUUCUUUGCUUGAUGUCCUUGUUGAACGUGGCAUAGUUACACGUGAUCGAAUUAUUCCAUAUGACAACAACAAUCGACCUUAUUAUUUUGCUAAGAUUGUUUAUCGAAGUGAAUCUUGGCCUUAUCUAACUGAUAAAAAUAACUCUCAUCAUCUUUAUGAUCGAACAGAUAUGCAACUUGUUCAUCGAGCUCUAGCGACUGAUGGCGGUGAUGAUGAUCAACAAUCUAAGAAUAAGAGAAACCUUGUUAUUCUCAUAAAACGAAAAGAUGGAGGUACACGAUCGAUUGUUGAACAUUUAGAUAUGGUUGCAUUUAUAAACAGUAGAUUGAAGAAAUCAUUAGGUUUACAUUUAGAAAUAUUCGAAGCUGAAGGACAUGUUCGUGAUCAUAUUGCUUUAUUUCGUCGAGCUCGUAUCAUAGUUGGUCCUCAUGGUGCUGGAAUGCUAAAUGUUGUUUGGUCAUCAGCAGGAACAUAUGUUGUUGAGAUUGGAUAUAAUAAAGGAAUGACAUUUCCACAGAUGUAUGCGGAAAUGAGUCUUCAUCUAGAACAACAUUACUGGAUUUGUAAAGGAUAUGGAAAUUAUGAUGGUCCUAUUCAUGUUGAUAUGGAUGAUUUUAUAUAUAUAUUUAAUGAAAUUAUUCAUGAAAUCGAAGUGGAAACUAGAUAA